UCCCCCAUCCUUCACCCGCUCAACCCGUCCCCGCCCUCGCCAGCCAGCUCACCCAGCUCGCUGCUCUACCCGUCGCCGCGCGCCCCCAGACUAGUCCGUCCCAUCGCGAUCCGCUAUGCGUCUCAUUAUCCGCCAGAACCCCGCCUCGGUCGGCGAGUACAUCGCCAACUACAUCGCCAAGCGGAUAACGGACUUUGCGCCGACGGCUGACAAGCCCUUCGUGCUCGGCCUACCCACAGGGUCGUCGCCCAUUGCGACGUACAAGCACCUCAUCACGCUCGUCAAGAACGGCCAGCUCUCCUUCAAGCAUGUCGUCACCUUCAACAUGGACGAGUACGUCAACCUCCCCGAGGACCACCCCGAGUCGUACCACACCUUCAUGUUCCGCGAGUUCUUCUCCCACAUCGACAUCCCGCCAGAGCAGGUGAACAUCCUCAACGGGAACGCGCCCGACCUCAUCGCGGAGUGCAACGCGUACGAGGCCAAGAUCAAGAAGCACGGCGGGAUCGAGCUCUUCCUCGGUGGUAUCGGCGAGGACGGACACAUCGCCUUCAACGAGCCCGGCUCCUCCCUGGCUUCGCGCACGCGCAUCAAGACGCUCGCAUACGACACCAUCCUCGCGAACGCCCGCUUCUUCAACAACGACGUCGAGGCCGUGCCGCGCAUGGCGCUCACCGUCGGCGUCGCGACCGUGCUCGACGCGCGCGAGGUCGUCGUUGUCGUCACCGGCCAGCGCAAGGCCCUCGCGCUCUGCAAGGCCAUCGAGGAGGGCGUCAACCACAUGUGGACCCUCUCCGCCCUCCAGAUGCACCCCUGGGCCCUGAUCGUCGUCGAUGAGGACGCGACGGCUGAACUGCACGUGAAGACGGUCAAGUACUUCAAGUCGAUCGAGCGCGUGCAGGACGAGGUCGAGGCGAUGCAUGCAAGAUUCAAGAAAGACGGCAACGUCGACCAGCCGGGUACCAUGGAUGCUUAGAGUCAGUCAGCAGCAGAAUAUAUACGCGGUGCCCAUGCAUGCUUCUACCACGCAAUGUAUAGCCAUCUCCUGUAACUUACGGCUUGUAGCAUAAUGGGAUUCCUGAAGCGGGCGGUGUGCAAUCGAAUACAU